AUGCUCUUCUACGGAUCUCCGGGCACCGGGAAGACAUCGACUAUCCUUGCCAUGUCCAAGUCUCUCUUUGGGCCGGCCCUUGUUCGUUCGCGAGUUCUAGAGCUCAAUGCCUCAGACGAGCGCGGAAUUAGCAUUGUCCGCGAGAAGAUUAAAGAUUUUGCUAGAAUGCACCUCUCUCAGCCACCAACCGAUCCUACAUACCGCUCCCAAUAUCCCUGCCCGCCAUUCAAGAUUGUCAUCCUUGAUGAAGCCGAUAGCAUGACACACGACGCGCAAUCUGCUCUUAGACGAACCAUGGAGAAGUACAGUCGCAUUACAAGAUUCUGUCUCAGUUCUGCAAGGUUAGCCCGUUACGGUUCAGGGAAGAAGAAAGAGGAUAUGAAUGAUACCCCUAGCAAGAUCACUGUGAGAAGUAUCGAAGAGGUAUCAGGCAUGGUUCCAGACAGUGUUAUGGACCGUGUCGUGGCGGCCCUGCGUCCAAGCAAGCGGACAUCAAAAUACGACGAAAUUUCAAAUCUAGUAACCGACCUGGUAGCCGAUGGAUGGAGUGCCUCCCAGGUCCUCUCACAGACAUACAAAGCCGUACUCCAGGAUGAGUCGAUCUCAGACGAGCAGAAGAAUCAGAUAUUAAAAGUCUGCUCUGAAUUUGAUAAACGACUAGUAGAUGGAGCUGAUGAACAUCUCUCGACGCUGGAUUUCAUGUUGCAGAUAUCUGGCAUAAUACAGUCGAACUAG